GCAAAAGGAGGAGGGAGGGAGGGAGGCAGGGAAAAAAGCUCUUGCGUGGAGUUGAUAAAGCUUUGGAGUCGCGUCCCAUCAGGGAUUCCGAAUGGACUGCAUCUGGACUUAAGGCGCUUCUUCUUCUUCUUUUUUGUAUCCACCGUGGGGUUAUUCUUACGAUUUUCUUCUUUGGGAAAUCUGGUUCCCGUUUGCCUUCCCUCCCUCCUUGGAACCUGGAUUCUUCAAGGGAAGGGAAGAAGGGGGAAAAAGAGAGGAAAGUUGGUGACAUACUUCUUUCUCCUCCUGUUUCUCAGGGGCGUGCUCUUUCUGGGGAUCCCCGCUUGAGAUUUUCGGCCUUUUCAGAGGGAAGAAAGAGCCGUAAGUUACCUUUUUAGGGGGGGAGGAAAGGGGGGCUGGAAAAGCGACAGGGAUGGGGCUAGAGACCACGGACUGCCCCCGCCUGACGUCCCGCAGGAACGAAGCUUUGGAGCGCCCGAGAAGGAUGGCGUAAAAAAAAGCAGUUUUGCCGAAGUUUCUCACUCUUUUUGGGGCCCCGAUCUGCCCCUCUCCUCUCCCCCGGUGGGGUGGGAGCCUGCCUCCGACGCUUCGCUUCAUCCCGUCCACACGCCAGGCUGCAAGGGACCAGCGGAUCGCUUACCCGGAGCCUUUUCAGACAAGGAGAACUUGCUGCAACUGGGAAUAAAACAAUACUUCUCCAGGCUGAAGGUGCUGCUUUCAGUCCAUGCUUGUGUAGAGGAGUUCAGAUGGGAUUAAAGUCCACAUGGAGGUAUGGAAGAGGACCAGGGACUGGUACUGAGAAGAUGGUCAGUUGGGAUUCAUGUUGCCUUAUCUGCCUGGUGGUGAUCACCAUGGCUGGAUUUUCACUGGCUCGGCCUUCGUACAAUUUAGUCGGUGAAGACACCACUCUGGAACCUGAAGAGCCACCAACCAAAUAUCAGAUCUCUCAGCCCGAGGCACACACUGUACUUCCAGGAGAAACUCUGAAGUUGCACUGUCAACUGAAAGAUGCCACCAUGAUCACUUGGACUAAAGAUGGGGUCCAUUUGGUGCCCAACAAUAGAACAAUCAUCAGUGGGGAAUACUUGUGGAUUAAAGAUACUACUCCCAGAGAUUCAGGCCUUUAUGCUUGUACUGUAGACAGUGAGACUCUCUACUUCAUUACCAAUAUUACAGAUGUUCUUUCAUCUGGAGAUGAUGAAGACGACAAUGAUGGCUCUGAGGAUUUUGUGAAUGACAACAACCCGAUCAAAGGACCUAAGUGGACUCAAACUGAUAAAAUGGAGAAGCGUUUACAUGCAGUCCCAGCAGCAAACACUGUAAAGUUCCGUUGUCCAGCUACAGGAAACCCUAUGCCAACCAUGAGGUGGUUGAAAAAUGGGAAGGAAUUUAAGCAAGAGCAUCGCAUUGGCGGAUACAAGGUGCGCAAUCAGCACUGGAGUCUUAUAAUGGAGAGUGUUGUUCCAUCAGACAAAGGAAAUUAUACCUGUAUUGUGGAGAACAUACACGGGUCCAUCAAUCACACAUACCACCUUGAUGUUGUUGAACGAUCUCCACAUAGGCCAAUCCUACAAGCUGGCCUACCAGCAAACACUUCUGCAAUUCUUGGGGGUGAAGCAAAGUUUGUCUGCAAAGUCUACAGUGAUGCCCAGCCUCACAUCCAGUGGAUAAAACAUAUAGAAAAGAAUGGAAGCAAAUAUGGGCCAGAUGGACUGCCAUAUCUCGAAGUUUUAAAGACCGCCGGUGUUAACACUACGGACAAAGAGAUUGAGGUUCUCCAUAUACAGAAUGUAACUGUUGAGGAUGCUGGGGAGUAUACAUGCUUGGCGGGUAAUUCUAUUGGGAUAUCCUUUCACUCUGCAUGGUUGACAGUUCUGCCAGCUCCCGUAGAAGACAGACCAUACCCAACAUCCCCAGACUACCUGGAGAUUGCCAUUUACUGCGUAGGCGUAUUCCUUAUUGUCUGCAUGGUAAUGACAGUGAUCCUGUGCCGCAUGAGAUCUACUACCAAGAAGUCAGACUUCAGUAGCCAGCCUGCUGUCCACAAGCUGACCAAGCGCAUUCCUCUGCGUAGACAGGUAACAGUGUCUGCAGACUCUAGUUCGUCCAUGAAUUCCAACACACCAUUGGUGAGGAUAACCACCCGUCUCUCCUCUAAUACCGAUGCUCCAAUGUUGGCAGGAGUUUCAGAGUAUGAGCUCCCAGAAGAUCCCAAAUGGGAGUUUCCAAGAGAUAAGCUGACUUUAGGAAAACCACUUGGGGAAGGAUGCUUUGGUCAAGUAGUCAUGGCAGAAGCAGUGGGAAUUGACAAAGACAGGCCAAAGGAAGCUGUGACUGUAGCAGUAAAGAUGUUGAAAGAUGAUGCUACAGAAAAAGACCUCUCUGACCUUGUGUCUGAGAUGGAGAUGAUGAAAAUGAUUGGCAAGCAUAAAAAUAUCAUCAAUCUCCUUGGUGCCUGUACUCAAGAUGGACCACUGUAUGUGCUUGUUGAAUAUGCUUCCAAAGGAAAUUUGCGAGAGUACCUACGAGCGAGGCGGCCACCAGGAAUGGAAUAUUCUUUCGAUAUUAACCGAGUCCCUGAAGAGCAGAUGACAUUCAAAGAUUUAGUCUCAUGUACAUACCAGUUAGCAAGAGGCAUGGAAUACUUAGCAUCACAAAAAUGCAUCCAUCGAGAUUUAGCAGCGAGGAAUGUUUUGGUGACUGAAAAUAAUGUAAUGAAAAUCGCCGACUUUGGGUUGGCAAGAGACAUCAACAAUAUAGAUUAUUAUAAAAAGACUACUAAUGGUCGGCUGCCUGUAAAGUGGAUGGCACCAGAAGCUCUAUUUGACAGAGUUUACACACAUCAAAGUGAUGUAUGGUCAUUUGGUGUGCUGAUGUGGGAAAUCUUCACUUUAGGAGGGUCUCCAUAUCCAGGAAUUCCAGUGGAAGAGCUUUUCAAGCUGCUUAAAGAAGGGCACAGGAUGGACAAACCUGCCAAUUGCACCAAUGAACUCUACAUGAUGAUGAGAGAUUGUUGGCAUGCAGUGCCUUCACAGAGACCUACUUUUAAGCAGCUUGUGGAAGACUUAGAUCGGAUCCUCACCCUUACAACAAAUGAGGAGUAUCUAGACCUCAGUGGACCACUGGAACAGUAUUCACCAAGCUAUCCAGAUACAAGAAGUUCCUGUUCUUCGGGGGAUGACUCUGUUUUUUCUCCAGAUCCAAUGCCUUAUGAACCUUGCCUUCCUAAGUAUCAACAUAUAAAUGGAAGUGUUAAAACAUGAAAAAAAAUCCUCUUAUUCUACGGAAGAAUGGGGAAACAAGAAUGUCUACCUACCAUGCAAAAAAGAGAGCCUUUCAUCAUACACAUAAGAUUUUUGUUUGUACAUAUGAAAUGUAGGGACCAACAGAAAGCACCAACUGCAACAACAAAUUGGAAAAAUAGGUUCUGUUUAUUUUGGAACAUUGUUCUUUGGAAUGUCAAACAAAAGAAGAUGAAUUUUAUGGGUCAUUGAUGGACACGUUGUCAGGUCGGUUUUUGGGCCCAUAAAUUGCAGUACUUUUUCGCCCUUCAAAGAACUAGUUGGACUUGAGGUAAACACUGGGUCAACCUUCCUUGUUUAUUUUGUAAUAUUUGGAGAAAAUAUAUGUUGACACACACUUACAGAGCACAAAUGCAGUAUAUAAGUGCUGGAUGUAUGUAAAUAUAAUCAAAUAUGUAUAAAUAUAUAUAUUAUAUAUUUACAAUGAAUUAUUUUUUGUAUUGAUUUGAAAAUGGAUGUCCCACUUCACCGAGGAAAUUAAUCUCCUUCUUUUAAAAAAGGAAACAGCUACUUAUAAUUGCUGUUCAUUCAUAAGACUUUCUUUUUUUAAAAAAAAAUCACCAUCCAAAGGUGAGAAAUACUUUGCUUUCAGGGAAAAUGGUAUCUCAUUAAUUUAUUAAUUAAUUGGUAAUGUACAAAACAAUUAAUCUUUUAUAGGGAUGUGUUAUGUUGUAAUUUAAAUGGCAUUUCUAUGCAGGCAGCACAGAGAACUAGUAGAUAUAUUGCUCAAACUUUACUAGUUGUUUUUUUAAAAAAGAGAGAAAUAUUUACGGUAUAUAACUAAUAUUGGGAAUUAAGGUUUUGAUUAAUUUGGGUCUUUAGAGUUCAGUGAAAGUCUCUUGCUCUAAUUAAAACCAAAACUCUUCUAAAUAAUAAAGAGUGUUCUUUAACAAGAAAAUUCUUUGCUCUCUCUAUCUCCAGUUAUACAACUGAUUUAGUCAGUACACAUUACAAUUCCUUUCUGUUUGGACAGACAUGAACCCAAACUGUAAGGCAAGAUACUGACUUCUAUAGGUUCCUGUAAUAAGGAAAUACUCUAAUUUGCCCAAACAAUGUUACAGUUUCAGAAUUCCCAUUACCAGAUUUUAUAUAUGUAUUGAAUCAGACACUCUUUCUUCCUGAACGUGUAAUGCUGCUUUCCAUAAAUUUUGAUUGAAUGCUAAAAUUUGAAGAGCCUCUUGCACGAUUACUGCAUUAAUGAGAAAGCUGUAAUUGUCGAAGUGGCAGUUAUUUAAAUUUUUGUUGGAAUUCUGUCAUCUUUCUGAGGGGUUAUUUUACUCUUGCUCCAUUAGCGCUUUCCAAACCAUUUUCAUAAGUGCUGGGAUCAGGCCAAAUGUAUGACUGGUUUUUUAUAAUGUGUUUUUCUAAAUUUAAAAGCAUCAUGUGUUCACAUUCAAAGCACCUUUCACACUGGUGUAGCCAUGCAAUAUGAAUGCAAUUUGUGUGGAAUUUACAUAUUUAAAAGGGGGGGGGGAGGGAAUAAAAAGUAUUAAUAUCUGUAAAUUUUUGUACUGACAAUAAAUUCUUUCUACAGAUAUUAAUGUUAACAUUACAAAAUAAAUGUCAUGAAUCUUA